AUGGUUUCUCCGAGAGCUGACAGGGGGACAACCUCACCUGUAACCGCGCGCCCUCUGUGGCCCCUCGAUGGUUGUGGUUUGUGUUGUACGGAAUUGAAGCCUGACAGAAAUCCUCAACUUCUACCAUGCCUACAUUCUGUGUGUCAGGAGUGUGUUCCCCAGAGUGAUUUCAAGACAGGUGAGCCAUGUUGAACGAUGUCACUCAAACUCUUUUGAAUUUCAGUAGGCUGAAGAGACUUGACCACUGACCUGAUUCAGUCUCUGACCAGUCUGAUUUACAGUCUGUCCAAUAAUUAAAAUAUGCAAGUCUGAUAAAGACAUGACAAAGUGAUUGCAGACAAGCAUUCCUGUCCAUCCUGUGAAUUGAAUAUCACUUCCAUUUUCUCCUAGAAUGUCCAGUGUGUGGAAGGCAAUACACUUCUUCAGAAAUCAUUGACUAUCCUUUCCUCCCUACCUUUGCCUCUGAUUCAAAAACCUGGGUAGGUAGUGGAUGGGUGCUGCUGUGAAUGACAGUGAACAAAGUAAUAGUUAUCACUCAAUGUAUACAUGCAGUAGCCUAUUGGCUAUGAAUGGAAUGAAAGCUGAUGUGAUACCCCUCUCUCUCAGUGUGGGGGUUGUGAUGAGCCUGUGGUCUGUGGCUGGUGUGUAGAAUGUGACGAACCGCUCUGCUCUGUCUGUGUGGCAGCCCACAAGAGGGUGAAGUUAACACGCGACCAUAAUGUCCUACCCCAAUUACCUCCAGGUACAACCUUCUGCCAUUAUGUCAGACCAGACUAUGACCACAAACCUUUAGCACUGGUCAAUUAAACCUUUUCAUCCGAAGGAACACCUUAUUCAAAGCAGUGUUAAUGCCCGCAGUUGAAUAUUUUAUUAGCUGUCAGUGAUGGCGUGAAAUGUUAAAUCUCCAGGUUUCAGCAGGACAGCGUUGUGUCCCGUCCAUAAGAGAGAGCAGAUGAAGUUUUUCUGUGUGACUUGUGAUCAGCUGACUUGCCGUGAUUGUCAGCUAACCUUCCACAGAGAACACAAGUAAGAUUUCCCUCAAGCACCUCCUUGCUGGCAACUCCAAAUAAAAUUGUAUUUGUCACAUGCGCAGAAUACAACAGGUGUAGACUUUAUUGUGAAAUGCUUGCUUAUGAGCCCUUCCCAACAAUGCAGAGUAAAAUUGAAUACACAAGAAUGGUGCUAUAUAAAGGGAUUGGCGCUACAGUGCAUUCAGAAUGUAUUCAGACCCCUUGACUUUUUCCUCAUUUUGUUACAUUACAGCCUUAUUCUAUAAUUGAUUAAAUUGUUUUUUCCCCCUCAUCAAUCUACACACAAUACACCAUAAUGGAAAGCAGAAACUGUUUUUUAUAAUUUUCUGCAAAUGUAUUAAAAAUAAAAAACAGAUCACAUUUAUGUAAGUAUUCAGACCCUUUACUCAGUACUUUGUUGAAGCACCUUUGGCAGUGAUUAUAGCAUCAAGUCUUCUUGGGUAUGACACUACAAGCUUGGCACACCUGUAUUUGGAGAGUUUCUCCCAUUCUUCUCUGCAGAUCCUCUCACGCUCUGUCAGGUUGGAUGGGGAGCAUCGCUGCACAGCUAUUUUCAGGUCUCUCCAGAGAUGUUCGAUCGGGUUCAAGUCCGGGCUCUGGCUGGGACACUCAAGGACAUUCAGAGACUUGUCCCGAAGCCACUCCUGUGUUGUCUUGGCUGUGUGCUUAGGGUUGUUGUCCUGUUGGAAGGUGUACCUUUGCCCCAGUCUGAGGUCCUGAGCGCUCUGGAGCAGGUUUCAUCAAGGAUCUCUCUGUACUUUGCUCCGUUCAUCUGACUAGUCUCCCAGUCCCUGCUGCUGCCACCACCAUGCUUCACUGUAGGAAUGGUGCCAGGUUUCCUCCAGACGUGACGCUUGGCAUUCAGGCCAAAGAGUUCAAUCUUGGUUUCAUCAGACCAGAGAAUCUUGUUUCUCAUGGUCUGAUGGUGCUGUAGGUGCCUUUUGGCAAAUUCCAAGCUGGCUGUCAUCUGCCUUUUUUCUGAGGAGUGGUUUCUGUCUGGCCACUCUACCAUAAAGGCCUGAUUGGUGGAGUGCUGCAGAGAUGGUUGUCCUUCAGGAAGGUUCUCCCAUCUCCACAGAGGAACUCUGGGGCUCUGUCAGUGACCAUCGGGUUCUUGGUCACCUCCCUGACCAAGGCCCUUCUCCCCCGAUUGCUCAGUUUGGCUGGGUUGACAGCUUUAGGAAGAGUCUUGGUGGUUCCAAAUUUCCCUCCAUUUUAAGAAUGACGGAGGCCACUGUGUUCUUGGGGACCUUCAAUGCUGCAGACAUUUUUUGAUACCCUUCCCCAGAUCUGUGCCUCAGCACAAUCCUGUCUCGGAGCUCUACGGGCAAUUCCUUCGACCUCAUGGCUUGGUUUUUGCUCUGACAUGCACUGUCAACUGUGGGACCUUAUAUAGACAGGUGUGUGCUUUUCCAAAUAAUGUCCAAUCAAUUGAAUUUACCACAGAUGGACUCCAAGUUGUAGAAACAUCUCAAGGAUGAUGAAUGGAAACAGGAUGCUCCUGAGCUCAAUUUCGAGUCUCAUAGCAAAGGGUCUGAAUACUUAUAUAAAUAAGGUAUAUCUUUUUUUUUUAUAUACAUUUGCAAACAUUUCUAAACCUUUUUUUGCUUUGUCAUUAUGGGAUAUUGUGUGUAGAUUGAUGAAGGGGAAAAAAAUAAUUUAAUACAUUUUAGAAUAAGGCUGUAACGUAACAAAAUGUUGAGUCAAGGGGUCUGAAUACUUUCCGAAGGCACUGUAUAUACAUAUGGAGCCCAUAGAUGCUGUCAGUUCCCUCAUGCCUUACAUUACUACUUAUGCCAAAAACAAUUGUUUGUAUACUUUUUACUUAAGUAUGUUAAACUCUUCCCUCUGCUUCCUUCUGGAUCAUUUUUUAAAAGAUCCCACUGUUGAUGAUGUUCACUCGUUCUGUAAUUUUUCUGUUUAUUUUCUCUAGGUACCAGUUUUCCCAGGACGCUUUACCAGAGCAGAGGAAAUGUUUACAGUAUCUAAUAGAGACUGUGAGGAUGCAGAGAGUGACUGUACAACAGAACCUGUUGGACCUGGAUGGACGGUCAGUUGUUAACGCAUUUGUCUGGGUGUGCGUGAAUGAAAAUGAUGAUGCCGUAAAAUGAUGGCGGCACACCAAUUGUUCAGCAGUCUGCUGUAUCCAAGACAGUUUCCAAGUCUCACUGGGUCAGUCAUUGUUGAUCUGUUCAUUUGUGGUAAUUUUAGUCUCAUGAAAGAAUGAAUAAAUCUCAUAGCUAGCUGUGUGACCUUUGCCCCAGGCUGUCUGACUUGGAGGAUCUGCAGGAGAGUGUGAGGGCGGAGGUCAAGGAUAUCCUCAAGGGCAUCUGGAGUGUCCUGGUGAAGAGAGCCAUGCAGCUUUCCAAGGAAAUGCAGGUAACAUUUAACACACACAGAUUGGAAGAAUCUGGUAUCUUGGCCCUCCCACCCCUACGGGAUGACAGUUUGCGCUCAGCACAGUCAAAGCUCUUCUCUGUCCUCAUAUUCCAAUAGUAAAAAAAUUGCGACAUGUGUAAUGGAAACGACAGCUAUAGGAGAAAUGUUCUAAACAUUUUUAUCCAUUGGACAACUAUUCAGAAGUAGCUGUUAAUUAUAAACCUCAAAGCCGAAUGAGCUUACAUUUGUAGAUAGCAACCCUACCCACAUACUCUACCAGUACAGCACUUUUGUACCAGUUUUUUGUAUUGUUCAUACUUUCUCACUGCUGAACCAACCAAGUAUCAGACGAAAUUAGUCUGAGGGACUGAAGAUGAUGUUUAGCCUGCUGCGCUAAAGCCUAGGUAUCUUCAAGUCUCAGAUGAGGUUACUCCUCAUGCAACUUACAAGUCAACUUAAUUCCCAGAGUCAACCCAGUCCUGCCAAUGAAAAAUAGCUGUGGUAUCCACAGUAUCCAGCCUGCUGUGUAGAUAACUUGAUACCGCACACUAUAUUUGAAUGAUUGGUCAUCGACUCAUUGUUUGUUGCCUAGGAUCACUGUUGGAAGGAGAGCGAGUGUGUCACAGAGAGACAGGCCCAUCUUAGGAAGCUGGGAGAGAGGCAGGAAUAUGUGCUGGCCUUCACAGAGAAAGCCCUGAAGAGUGAGGAUCACACCUCCCUGUUAUCCUGCAAAAGACAGGUAGAUAAAAAGUCCAAUCUACGAUCAGAGGUAACUUAGAAUUACACUGAAGAAAACAGUAAAUAUAGAGGUAACAUUAGAGAGAAUACAUGCUACUACCCUGAUCUGUUACCGUAAAACUUCAAUUAAUAACCCAGCAUUUAUUUGCUUCACUGAACACAACCAGUGGUCCUCUGUAGCUCAAUUGGUAGAGCAUGGCGCUUGUAAUGCCAGGGUAGUGGGUUCGAUCCCCGGGACCACCCAUACGUAAAAAUGUAUGCACGCAUGACUGUAAGUCGCUUUGGAUAAAAGCGUCUGCUAAAUGGCUUAUUAUUAUUAUUAUUAUUAUUAUUAUUAUUAUUAUUAUUAUUAUUUAGAUGGGCAUCUAUUUGAGCCAGGCGUCUAUUUCCUUAACACACACAGCUUUUGCUCAAUACAAUGUAGAAAAGACAACCACUGUUUAUUGUGACCAGUAUAAACAUUAUAAUUACAAAUCCAUCGCAAAUCAGACUUGCAAAGACUAGGCUGCCUAUCAUACGCUUCGUGGCGCCAUGGCUAGCAACGAUGACAGAAUAAAAAAUAAAAACACGUUUUGACUGCGAAUAUCAGAGCUGUGUCCAUGGCAACCUCGUAAAAAAAUGCAUUUAGACUCGGCGUUUAUUUGAAACAGCCGUUUAUUUGCUGAAAUGUGUGCAGAUGUCCGGCUAUUAAAAGGGACAGGCGGCUAUUUGAGACUGCCUUUAGUUGAAGUUUUUACGGUACAGAAAAAUGCAUCUUCCCUUUCUUAACCCACCAGUGCUCAAGUUUUCUCACCAUCUUGUCUCCUACCAUCCUCUUCUUUCUCCUUUUAGAUCCAGUCUCAGCUGCAAGCCGUUCUAGCCAAAAAAAACAGCACAGUGUCUACAAUGAAGGAGCUGAAGCUCCACUGUAGCCAGGACAUCCACCAAGCCCUUGGGUGUUUUGGUACGUAUCAAAGCAAUGUGAUUUUUGUACACUUUCAAUUAUCAUAUUUAUAAACUUGCAGUGAUGCGUCUAGAUUUGUCGCACUUAUGAAUAAUGACAUCUCUGCAGUGAUGAUGCUUUUUUGUUGGCUUGAUGCUGCCAGAAAGAUUGUUUGACGUUAAAGCUUAGAGAAAAAUAGUUGAAGAUGGUGGUAGUUGCACUCUUAAUUAAUGUGUGUGUGUCAUUCUGUUUGCGUUCAGGGGAAAUUGUGACUAAGGAGGUCCCGUUUGCUCGGCUAAACCUGAGAAAGACUCUGGUUAGUCCCAUUCAAAUCAAUCCUCCCAAUAUUUCACUGGAACAGCAGAGAAACAGCAGAGCAUCCUCAGCAUUGUCACCUUCAUCCCAGGAAACCUCCAGUUUGUCAGCGGGAAAUGCUCCCCUCUCGGGACGUCAACCAACACUAAUGCGCUCGCUUUCUUGCCCCCAGUCCUCCCCCUUCCCCUAUCCCCAUGAACCAGAGAAACUGUCAUGUUACCACUUUUCCCCUGACUCUCGCAGACCCUCUUUACAGGCACUAUCCUCUUCCCGCUCUGACAGCCCUCUGUCCUUGUCCUCUACGGGAAACAAUGACUGCUCAUUAUUAUCAGGGUUUGUCCAGGACACCCUUGUCCCAUAUCAGGGUGGCUCCUCAAAGUCUGACCUGAUGGUGGAACUUGUUUCCCGGGCCUUUCAUGUCAAAAGGAAAGCAGGGGAUGUAAAUGUGGGUCCUCAAAUUAAACGAACUCGUUUGCAGCCCUUUAAGGUACCAGCGGACUCUCCAUGUGAGAGGGUUCCCCCUAUAGGUGCCGAAAAGCAGGCUGUGGACAUGGCUGCUACAGUUGUCUUGGAAAGAGAAGCUACACCCAACAUCACGGACCAGAAUGCAACGGCUCCAGUGUACAGACAAGAAGCUACUAAGGCUUCAGGCAGUAGUGUCACGACAGCCAAUCAGGUAGUUUUAGCUCCCUUCACACUCCCUGUCACGGGGAACUCCGUCACUUGGGGCAUGUCACCAGCUAAUGGCACUCUUUUUCCUGGCACCGUGAACACUCCCCCCAGCUUUGGAUGUGUAAGGGCUGUCCCCCCAUACUUGGUUUUGUCCAACAGCGCUCCAGUUUCCAGUCACACUGGCACUGUGUGCAGGCUUGACAAUGGAAGCCUGGUCUUCAGCCAUAAUGACAUGCCCUUUUUCAACAUCUUGAGCACUGUUAGAGGAGGUCAAAACCAAGUGCUAGCUGGUUCUGUCCCAGGAGGACUCUCCCCACCACGUCUGCCAGACCCCACCUCUCCAAAGAGCCCUAUGGUUAGUUGGGAAGAAAUGUCUUUACUGUUUAUUUCCCUCUUAUCUAUAGUUUCUCCUAGUAGUUCCUAUCCCAUAGUAGUUGAUCUGUGUCCUUCUCUUUUGCCUCCCAUCUCUUUACUUCCUCUAAAAUCCAUAUUCUGUCUGUUGGUCUCCCAAAUCUCAUUUUACGCUAGUUUGUCAAUUGUCCUGUUUUGUAGUAUCCUCAGUUAGGUAUUGUGUAGUUGAGCAAAUAAUGGAAAGUUAAAAAGUUUUGCUAAAUCACAAUUUGGGAAACUUUGGAAUGACUACUGUAGUGUUGCAUUAUCUGAAGUAUAAAAUAAAAUUUGAAGAUCAGCUGUGAAUAAUUCAUUAUCAUAUCUGUUUUGUAAUGUAAUUGGAAACUUUUUGAAAGCAUGUAUUUAUGAAUUGUUAAGUAAGAACACACCUCUGGCCUUUGAUAGUUUUAAUCUCAUUAAUAAGACACUAUCACACCCUCUCAACAGGAAGCUUCUCAGUCCACUGGUCCAAAAUAUCCAAUCAGAAUUAUUCGACGGGUAAAGAAUUAUAUUUCAACGGUCCAGGACACCAAGCUGCCCACCCAGGAUGCCACUGCUCAGUCAGGAUUGUGCAGAAAGGAUGAAGCCGCCUCUACUCUCCUCGUACAAACUACUAGUGCCCAGGCAGACUCUGUACAAAUGGAAAUUGCCCAGACCAACGUUGACCUCAUCCAGGUAGACCCUAAUCAGACAGUCUUUGCCAUGGAAGAAACCACGGAGACAGACAUUGUCCAGAAUAAAACUGCCCAGCCAGACUUUGUCCAGAAUGAGACCAACCAGGCCGAACUUGUCCAGACUGCAUCUGACCAGGCAGAACUUUUCCAGACUAAAACAGCCCAGAUUGAAAUUGUUCCUGCUCAAGUUGUUGGAAUCAAGGAGGAACAAACAUUACGGCAAGUUACAGGACCGAUGGAGUCUGUGAGGGCAGACAUGCUUGACCCCGACAUUGUGCAUUCUGAAACUGACCAGACUGACUUUGUCAACGUAAGCACACAAGUAUCUGGGAUCAUGAUCAAGGAAGAACCGCCAGCCACAGACAGCUUAUCAGUUACAGGGCUAAUGGAACCCAUCUUAGCGAUCAUGCCUGACACUCUACCUACUGAAACCGUCCAGACUGACCCUGUCCACACAGAAAUGGUUCAUGCGAGUGAAACUGUGCAGAGGAAUUUUUUCCAGACUGAUAACCAGCCUGAAACUAUGCAGACGGACUCUGCCGAGACUGAAACUGUGCAGAAAGAAAUUGUCCAGUCGAACUUUAACCUGACUAAAACCGUGCAGACAGACCCUGUCCUGACUGAAGCAGUUUAUGCAGUCCAGACAGACACUGCGCAGAUGGAGCCAAUCCACAGUGAAACUGUCCUUACCGACAUUGUGCAGACUGCUACUCUGCAGAGGGACCUAGCCCCAACUGACUUCACAGAGAUUCAGCCAGACAUGUCAACCACCAAUGAGGUAUCCACAAAUGACACUGUCAAUGUGGUCAGUGUCCCCAGCUGCACUCAGGAAGUUGACAUUGACCUCACCCUUGACCUCAGCAAUGAUUUCUGCUCUCCGAUAGAGGUAAGUGUUUUGCUUUUGGUCCAAAUCUACCUAGUUAAUGCCCUGACUCAUAACUUACUCUGGCCUGUACAGCCUUUCUGCCCUUAAUACCAAACAAAAUUGAUAAUAUUUCUACAUUGUAGAAUAAUAGUGAAGACAUCAAAACUAUGAAAUAACACACAGAAUCAUGUAGUAACCAAAAAAGUGUUGAACAAUUUCAAGAACUUUGGAAGUUUCUUCAAGUUCAGUCGCAAAAACCAUCAAGCGCUAUGAUGAAACUGGCUCUCAUGAGGACCGCCACAGGAAUGGAAGACCCGGAGUUACCUCUGCUGUAGAGGAUACGUUCAUUUAGAGUUACCAGCCUCAGAAAAUGCAGCCCAAAUAAAUGCUUCACAGUGUUGAAGUAACACACAUUUCAACAUCAACUGUUCAGAGGAGACUGUGAAUCAGGCCUUCAUGGUUGAAUUUCUGCAAAUAAACCACUACUAAAGGACACCAAUAAGAAGAGACUUGCUUGGGCCAAGAAACACGAGCAAUGGACAUUAGACCAGUGAAAUGUGUCCUUUGGUCUGGAGUCCAAAUUGGAGAUUUUUGGUUCCAACCGCCGUGGCUUUGUGAGACGCAGUGUGGGUGAACGGAUGAUCUCCGCAUGUGUAUUUCCCACCGUAAAGCAUGGAGGAGGAGGUGUUAUGGUGUGGGGGUGCUUUACUGGUGACAAUGUCUGUGUUUUAUUUAGAAUUCAAGGCACACAUAACCAGCAUGGCUACCACAGCAUUCUGCAGCAAUAGAAGUGCUCAGCAUAUGUGGGAACUCCUUCAAGACUGUUGGAAAAGCAUUCCAGGUGAAGCUAGUUGAGAGAAUGCCAAGAGUGUGCAAAGCUGUCAUCAAAGCAAAGGGUGGCUAUUUGAAGAAUCUCAAAUAUAACAUAUAUUUUGAUUUAACACUUUUUUGGUUACUACAUGAUUCCAUAUGUGUUAUUUCAUAGUUUUGAUGUUUUCACUAUUAUUCUACAAUGUAAAAAUAAAAACCCUUGAAUGAGUAGGUGUCCAAACUUUUGACUGGUAGUGUGUGUGUGUGUGUGUGUAUAUAUAUCACACACAGUGGGGAGAACAAGUAUUUGAUUCACUGCCGAUUUUGCAGGUUUUCCUACUUUCAAAGCAUGUAGAGGUCUGUAAUUUUUAUCAUAGGUACACUUCAACUGUGAGAGACGGAAUCUAAAGCAAAAAUCCAGAAAAUCACGUUGUAUGAUUUUUAAGUAAUUAAUUUGCAUUUUAUUGCAUGACAUAAGUAUUUGAUACAUCAGAAAAGCAGAACUUAAUAUUUGGUACAGAAACCUUUGUUUGCAAUUACAGAGAUCAUACGUUUCCUGUAGGUCUUGACCAGGUUUGCACACACUGCAGCAGGGAUUUUGGCCCACUCCUCCAUACAGACCUUCUCCAGAUCCUUCAGGUUUCGGGGCUGUCGCUGGGCAAUACGGACUUUCAGCUCCCUCCAAAGAUGUUCUAUUGGGUUCAGGUCUGGAGACUGGCUAGGCCACUCCAGGACCUUGAGAUGCUUCUUACGGAGCCACUCCUUAGUUGCCCUGGCUGUGUGUUUCGGGUCGUUGUCAUGCUGGAAGACCCAGCCACGACCCAUCUUCAAUGCUCUUACUGAGGGAAGUAGGUUGUUGGCCAAGAUCUCACGAUACAUAGCCCCAUCCAUCCUCCCCUCAAUACGGUGCAGUCGUCAUGUCCCCUUUGCAGAAAAGCAUCCCCAAAGAAUGAUGUUUCCACCUCCAUGCUUCACGGUUGGGAUGGUGUUCUUGGGGUUGUACUCAUCCUUCUUCUUCCUCCAAACAUGGCGAGUGGAGUUUAGACCAAAAAGCUAUAUUUUUGUCUCAUCAGACCACAUGACCUUCUCCCAUUCCUCCUCUGGAUCAUCCAGAUGGUCAUUGGCAAACUUCAGACGGGCCUGGACAUGCGCUGGCUUGAGCAGGGGGACCUUGCGUGUGCUGCAGGAUUUUAAUCCAUGACGGCGUAGUGUGUUACUAAUGGUUUUCUUUGAGACUGUGGUCCCAGCUCUCUUCAGGUCAUUGACCAGGUCCUGUAGUUCUGGGCUGAUCCCUCACCUUCCUCAUGAUCAUUGAUGCCCCACGAGGUGAGAUCUUGCAUGGAGCCCGAGGGUGAUUGACCGUCAUCUUGAACUUCUUCCAUUUUCUAAUAAUUGCGCCAACAGUUGUUGCCUUCUCACCAAGCUGCUUGCCUAUUGUCCUGUAGCCCAUCCCAGCCUUGUGCAGGUCUACAAUUUUAUCCCUGAUGUCCUUACACAGCUCUCUGGUCUUGGCCAUUGUGGAGAGGUUGGAGUCUGUUUGGUUGAGUGUGUGGACAGGUGUCUUUUAUACAGGUAACGAGUUCAAACAGGUGCAGUUAAUACAGGUAAUGAGUGGAGAACAGGAGGGCUUCUUAAAGAAAAACUAACAGGUCUGUGAGAGCUUGAAUUCUUACUGGUUGGUAGGUGAUCAAAUACUUAUGUCAUGCAAUAAAAUGCAAAUUAAUUACUUAAAAAUCAUACAAUGUGAUUUUCUGGAUUUUUGUUUUAGAUUCUGUCUCUCACAGUUGAAGUGUACCUAUGAUAACAAUUACAGACCUCUACAUGCUUUGUAAGUAGGAAAACCUGCAAAAUCGCCAGUGUAUCAAAUACUUGUUCUCCCCACUCUAUAUAUUAUUAUUAUUUUCUUCUGAGAAGUAAGGCUGACAGUCUCUCCCAGACGCAACAGUAAAAUGUAAACCAUUUAUCUUGCUGUCAUACAGGAGGAAGAUGACAAUAUGGGUGAUUUUGAUGUCAGUGCUGCUGACAGUAUUGAAAAGACUGGGUGCCAGGUGUCUGUUGGGCUUAAUAGCAGGUGACAAACUUUCUAUCCUUAUUGUCACAUUUGUCAACCAGAAAAACAGCACAAAUCAUUCUGUUGGCAUUACUUCAGUGUGGUGGUGUGUAGCAUAAUUGAGUAUGUGUACAUGCAUGCGUACAUCAUAUUGUGUGCACCGUCAUGGGGUUUAACCUCAGUGCAUGGCUCUCUGUAGAUUUCUGCAGGUGUCUUUGCUUUGGAUGCCCAUCCUUGACGCCCCUGUUGGUGCCCCGCCAGCCUGCUUCCGCCUCCUCCCAGGGGUCAAAGGGCAGGAAACUGUCAUUCAGGUGAUCCAGACGGACGCACCGGUAAGGCCAACUUUCAUAGUGUUGGUUUGAAUGUGUGUAAAUAUCACAUUUUCUUGCUGACACUGGUUUACACAUCCUCCAGCAGCCAGAGUCUCCUUGCUCCUCCAUGUCGAGCCCAGACAGUCUGAGGAGCACCCACCAGCUACGCCCCCUCCUGGCCAGGAGGAAACACUGCACAGCAUGUAGGAUGUCAGGGAAGCUCACCCUGUGUGUCGUGUGUGGACGGGGCUUCCACAGGGAGUGUCACAUUCCACCCAUCUAUGCCUUAUCAACGUAAGCUUGUUUAAUUAACUAACUUAAUUGCAUUCUGAAUGAACAGUGAUUUAAUAUAUAUAUAUAUUUAGCCCUGAAUUAUGGUUAUGCCUCAAUGGGUGACAUGUCUGGUGAGUAUGCAGGCCAUGGAAGAACUGGGACAUUUUCAGCUUCCAGGAAUUGUGUAUAGAUCCUUGCGACAUGGGGCUGUGCAUUAUCAUGCUGAAACAUGAAGUGAUGCCAGUGGAUACCAUGGGGCACUCUGUUCACAACGUUGACAUCAGUAAACUGCUCGCCCACACGAAGCUGUCUGCCAUCUGCCCGGUACAGUUGAAACGUAAAGAGCACACUUCUCCAGCGUGCCAAUGGCUAUCGAAGGUGAGCAUUUGCCCAGUGAAGUCGGUUACGACGCCGAACUGUAGUCAGGUCAAGACCCUGUUGAGGACGACCCCGCUCGCAGAUGAGACUCCCUGAGACUGUUUCUGACAGUUUGUGCAGAAAUUCUUCGGUUGUGAAAACACAGUUUCAUCAGAUUAUACAUGGUCUGCAUUUGUGAGGCUGGUUGGACGUACUGCCAAAUUCUCUAAAACGACAGAGGUUUAUGGUAGAGAAAUUAACAUUAUGAGAAAAAAGAAGAAACCUGCACACUGCUCUUGCUAGUAUCACUGCUCAUUAUUAAGCUUUAUGUAUCGGCCUCAUGAACAUUCAAUUAUCUGGCAACAUCUCUGGUGGACAUUCCUGCGGUCAGCAUGCCAAUUGCACGCUCCCUCAACUUGAGACAUCUGUAGCAUUGUGUUGUGACAAAAUUGCACAUUUUAGUGGCCUUUUAUUGUUCCAGCACAAGGUGCACCUGUGUAAUGAUCAUGCUGUUUAAUCAGCUUCUUGAUAUGUCAUACCUGUCAGGUGGAUGGAUUGUCUUGGCAAUGGAGAAAUGCUCACUAAAAGGGAUGUAAACAAAUUUGUGCACAUAAUUUGAGAGAAAUAAGCUUAUUGGGUGUAUGGAACAUUUCGGGGAUGUUUUAUUUCAACUCAUGAAACAUGGGACCAACACUUUACAAGUUGCGUUUUUUAUUUUUGUUCAGUGUAGUUUGGGAUAUUUUUUAUUUCUUCAAUAAUUUGUUUCUUAAUUAGAAUCUGUAUUGUAUAUAGAUCUCAAAAAAUGUGGGCCCCUGUGUGGAAAGAUGUUUCAGUGUAGGCCCAAAUAAGGCAUUGGGAUUUGUCUCUCUGUAUUGGCCUGAUAUGUGUGAUGCUACUCCUCCAGUGAGCGCUGGCAGUGUAUGCUGUGCCGGGACCUCUCUGAUCUGGCGGAGUUGCAGGACUACAGUGGGGCUGACGGGGAACUGUGUAUGAGCCCUCCUGACCAAAUGGUGAGCCUUUUACUUUGCAGAGCAUGUCUGGGCACGUCUGCUAUAUUUCACUUGAAUAUGCACAUCUGGGUACAUAAACUCAGCAAAAAAAGAAACUGCCCUUUUUCAGGACCCUGUCUUUCAAAAAUAAUUGUAAAAAUCCAAAGAUCUUCAUUGUAAAGGGUUUAAACACUGUUUCCCAUGCUUGUUCAAUGAACCAUAAACAAUUAAUGAACAUGCACCUGUGGAACGGUCGUUAAGACACUAACAGCUUACAGACGGUAGGCAAUUAAGGUCACAGUUAUGAUAACUUAGGACACUAAAGAGGCCUUUCUACUGACUCUGAAAAACACCAAAAGAAAGAUGCCCAGGGUCCCUGCUCAUCUGCGUGAACGUGCCUUAGGCAUGCUGCAAGGAGGCAUGAGGACUGCAGAUGUGGCCAGGGCAAUAAAUUGCAAUGUCCGUACUGUGAGACGCCUAAGACAGUGUUACAGGGAGACAGGACGGACAGCUGAUCGUCCUCGCAGUGGCAGACCACGUGUAACAACACCUGCACAGGAUCGGUACAUCCGAACAUCACACCUGCAGGCAGGUACAGGAUGGCAACAAUAACUGCCUGAGUUACACCAGGAACGCACAAUCCCUCCAUCAGUGCUCAAACUGUCCACAAUAAGCUGAGAGAGGCUGGACUGAGGGCUUGUAGGCCUGUUGUAAGGCAGGUCCUCACCAGAUAUCACCGGCAACAACGUCGCCUAUGGGCACAAACCCACCGUCGCUGGACCGGCAAAAAUUGCUCUUCACUGACGAGUCGCGGUUUUGUCUCACCAGGGGUGAUGGUUGGAUUCGCGUUUAUCGUCGUAGGAAUGAGCGUUACACUGAGGCCUGUACUCUGGAGCGGGAUUGAUUUGGAGGUGGAGGGUCCGUCAUGGUCUGGGAUCGGUGUGUCACAGCAUCAUCGGACUGAGCUUGUUGUCAUUGCAGGCAAUCUCAACGCUGUGCGUUACAGGGAAGACAUCCUCCUCCCUCAUGUGGUACCCUUCCUGCAGGCUCAUCCUGACAUGACCCUCCAGCAUGACAAUGCCACCAGCCAUACUGCUCGUUCUGUGCAUAAUUUCCUGCAAGCCAGGAAUGUCAGUGUUCUGCCAUGACCAGCGAAGACCCCGGAUCUCAAUCACAUUGAGCACGUCUGGGACCUGUUGGAUCGGAGGGUGAGGGCUAGGGCCAUUCCCCCCCAGAAAUGUCCGGGAACUUGCAGGUGCCUUGGUGGAAGAGUGAGGUAACAUCUCACAGCAAGAACUGGCAAAUCUGGUGCAGUCCAUGAGGAGGAGAUGCACUGCAGUACUUAAUGCAGCUGGUGGCCACACCAGAUACUGACUGUUACUUUUGAUUUUGACCCCACCUUUGUUCAGGGACACAUUAUUCAAUUUCUGUUAGUCACAUGUCUGUGGAACUUGUUCAGUUUUAUGUCUCAGUUGUUGAAUCUUGUUAUGUUCAUGCAAAUAUUUACACGUCAAGUUUGCUGAAAAUAAACGUAGUUGACAGUGAGAGGACGUUUCUUUUUUUGCUGAGUUUAUGACUGUGUAUGCCCAGUUCUCUGUUUUGAGCAUGUCUACGCAUGUCUGGUAUUGUUUGCUGUGUCCACGUCUAGUACUUAUGGACCCUGACCCUAUUUUUAAUUUAAAUGAUCUCAUUUUUAAUUGAAAGAAACAAGGGUAGAGUAAAAAUGUCAGCAAUGUAUUUCUGAUAUGACCAGAUCUUGAUUGGUUAUUUUAACCCAAACUCAUCCAACCCACUUUUUUUUUAGUCUGGUCAUUAAAUCACUAUUGCUUCUGUUAGUUUGCCUGAUCCAAGGUGUUUUUUUCCAGUGUAGUCUACAGCAAUGUUUCCAACUCCAGUCCUCGAAUACCCACAACGGCAAAUAUUUUUGUGGCCCCAGACAAGCUCACCUGAUUCAACUCAUUGAGGGCUUGAUGAUUAGUUGACAAGUUGAAUCCGGUGUGCUUGUCUGGGGCUACAGCAAAAAAUGUGUUGUUGCGGGUACAGGAGGAAAGGAGUUGGUAAAUACUGGUCUACAGUGUGGAUCUGCUUGUCCAUGUGUGUAAACCAUCUCUUACCCUUUGGGGUUAACCCUACAGAGAUGUGAGCGCCUACUACUUGUCCUUUCAUGCAAAAGGUACAGCGUUGUCCUCUACAGACCAGCCAAGGUAAUCGACAAGUGCAACUUACUGCAUUCACAUCCUCAACAUCCCUCUUAGUAUUGUCAUAGAUGGUGUUCGCUAUUAAAAUGUCACACAUAAUCACAGGAGACUUUUCAUGUUUAUUACCAUGUAGGUUGCUGACAUGACUAGUCCUUUUAAUUAAGUAUGACUUUGUUUUUCAACUGUCUGUGUUGGAUAUACUGUAUACAAUUGCAGUUUGAUGUUAGUCAGUUGUCUUGCUUUGACGCUAGAGAAAAAUAGUAUUUUGACACUCUCCGUCUCCUUAGCUCUCUUCCCAGUCUUCUCACUACAUCGACAUCACCCUGAUACGGGGACGGUUGCUGCAGAAACUGGUCCCCCCUUACCGCACCCCGUCGGAAUUUGUGUCCGAUGUCUGGCUUCUCCUCCACACACUGUUGAAAAGUGUGAAGGUGAGGAGACUCACAAUGACUGUGUCCGUGUCUCCGCUCACCCUGAUUUUGCUUAUAGAGAAAUACAUAUGAUGGCUACAGUUGCAUUUGUAGGCCCUCAUUUCCAAAUGAUGGCUGUUUUCUUUGUCAAAAUCCCCUAACUCCUACCUUUUCUUGUAAAUUGUGAAACAAUUUGUCAGAGCUUUGGGAUUUGGAAAGCAGUACUCUAUUGCUCUCUUUAGUCAUCAAUGAUGAUCUGGAUCUUGCUCUGUUGCUCUUUCAUCACCCUUUCCUCUUUCUCUGUCUCUCUUUCUCUGUAUUCCAAGUCAGUGGACCGACUUCAGGCAUGUUUUGGGAAGGAGCUGGGCAAAACGUUCGAGGGGACCCUGCACCCUUCGCUGCUCGUCAACCCCCACCGAGGGGAAGCGAAGGGCGGAGAGGAAUGCGGAACAAGAGGGGGACAUGGAGAAAGUGACCAUGAGGAGAAUCUGAGACCUCUUGAGGAAGAGCGCGCAGGCAAAGACAUUUCACACAGGACUAAAUGA